GAAGUCGUUUAUCUUAAGGAGAUUAAACUAUUUUUUCUUAUAAAAAUACACAACUCCAAAUUUUUGAAGACAAUAUUGGUACAUAUUUUACUUUACGUAUUACCUACUAUAAAACAUGGUGGACAAAAGCCGUAGUAACGAAUUAAAUGAGGUUAAAUAUAUACCAGUAGAUGAUGGCGUGCUUAAACCUAUACACGAAGAAAAGAAGUCUGAUACUUUUUACUUCUAUUUCGUUGUAUUAACAGGUACUCUUCCGAUAUUGGUUGGUGGAUCAGCAUUUUCAUGGACAUCUCCAGUUUUGCCAAAGUUAUUAUCAAACGAUUCAUCUAUAAAUCCUCUUGAGAAACCAAUAACUACAGUAGAAAUCUCAAUGCUGAUAGGAUUGCCAUGUUUGACAGGCUUAAUGGGCUCCCUUUUGGCAGCGCCUCUUUCCGAUAGAUUCGGAAGAAAGAAAUGCAUGCAAAUUUUUACAUUUGUAAUGUUCCUCUGCAAUAUAUUCAUUGCUUUCAGUAACAGGGUUUUGUACCUAAUAGUACUUAGAUGCAUCUUUUUUGUAGGUAUGUUUGGUAUAAUGGCGGUAGUUCCAGUAUUUGUUACAGAGAUAUGCGAAAAUCAUAAUAGAGCUAAGUAUGGAUGCGUUGUAGGCCUAUUUUCUCCCCUGGGAAAUCUGUAUUCCUACAUUCUCGGUCCAUUGUUUAGCGUAAGAGUUUUUACUUUGGUUUCAAACAUACCAGCAGUUAUCUUUCUAGUAUCAUUUAUUUUCGCACCAGAAUCUCCCUUCUUCUCAGUAUAUAAGGGAAAAGAUAAAGACUGUAUAAAAGCUUUAAGAAAACUAAGAAAUAAUAAGUCCGAUAUAGAGUUACAUAAGGAUUUUAGCGAGAUAACCAAGAGUAUUGAAAUCAAAGUAAGUACUGUAAAUCCAGGAAUCUCUGCACUGUUUAAAAUAAAAGAAGCUAGAGUUGGACUGUUUUUAAUAUCCAUUCCCAUGGUAACCCAAUUUUUGUCAGGUGCACCAACACUCAUGCCAUUUGUAGGACCCAUUUUUAAUAAAGCUGCUACCAAUUUAUCCGGAAAUACUAUAGCUAUCAUUGUAGGUGCAGUUAAAUGCUCUGUGUUCAUUAUUCCUACUUUUAUAGUAGAACGAACGGGUAGAAAACCACUAAUGAUUGGCUCUAGUUUGGGAUGCAGUGUAUCCAUGAUUUUAGUAGGCACUUAUUUCUACCUUCAACAUAUAAACUCUCCUCUUGCGCAACAACUAAGUUGGCUUCCUAUUAUAUCAGUUAUAAUAGUGAUAUUCUCUUAUGCUGUUGGCCUUGGUCCGGUCCCUAUGUCUCUCACAGGAGAAUUGUUUGCAACAGAUGUAAGGGCAGUCGCAUCUUCUAUUACUAUGACAGUGGCUGGUCUCGCCAUAUUCGCAGUGGCUACUAUCUUUCCUAUUGCAGCUGAGCUAGUUGGACUGCACUGGUGUUUCUGGGUGUUUUCAAUCAACUGCUUGGUAGGGGCGGUUUCAAUUUAUUUAUUUUUGCCCGAAACAAAAGGAAGGCGUUUGGUUGAGAUUCAGGAGAUUUUAAAAAACUACAAAUUUGGUUUGCGAAAGUAGAUUUUUAUUAUGAGAAAUAUACUAUUGUUACAUAUUUUUAAACCGAUAGAUACAAAGGCUGUGUACAUCUCUGGAGACAUUAUUUUAUAAAAAUAUCAUAUUUAUUAUUUUUCAUAAUAGUCUAAGAGCUAGUGAACCAUUCGAGUAAAGGUCUUCCUGUAAGGCUAGAAAUUUGGAUAGUGAUAAUUCAUAACACACAAAGGCUAAAAACCAUGACCUGGCAGGCAUGAGCCCUGCACGUGUAUCUACCAGGUGAAUCGAAAAGUGCAUAGUUUAGGGGAAUAUAAACUUUCUCCUGUAAAGUUUAAAUUUAAGUAUGUGUUUGAGUAAGUCAUUUAGAAGAUAUGUGUACAAUGGCAGGCGAUUCUGAACAGCAUAAGACCUUGCCGGGCGAGGGAAAAGGUUAGGGGUUUUUCCUAAAAUUAUUUUUUUUUGCAUCUAACAAAGUUUUUUUUAGGUUUUCUGAAUCAUUUCAAACAGAGAAGGUCUUUAGUCACUUUUCUCUUAGGUUAAUAGUUUUUGUUUUAUAAGGGAUUAAAAUUUUUGAAAAUUGCGAAAUCGGUCAUUUUUAACACUAAAUCGGACAUAUAACCAAAAAUUUCAAUUGUGCCAAGGUAGGCAAAUAUUCUUUAAACAUUGAUUGAUGAAAAUCCGAAGAGUUUUUUGCAAUAGGGGAAACCCGGGCAAAAUGGGGUACUUAAGGUUUAAAUUAGGAUUUAAAACACAUCUGUACCUUUUAAGGUCUGGAAAUAAGCCAAAUACCAUUGUUACAGUAGUAACUAUUUAUUAAUAUAACUUAAAGUAAAAAAAGUAAAAGAUUUUCUUAUCAUAUAAAAAAAUAAAAAAUAAUGUAAAGUACCCCAUUAUGCCCGUCAUAUAGGGUAAAAUGGGGUACCAAAUUAAAACCAAGAAAAAGUUAUUGACAAAAUUCGCAUACAAGUACUGAUUCGUCAUCCUCAUCUUCUACACCUGCACAUUAAUUUUUAGUUCAUUUAAAGCAACUGGAUCAGCUUAUCCAUCCUUCUGUGGAACUUAAAUAAAAGUUUCCGCAGAGCCAGUCAGUGUCACUAUCUUCGCCUUCUGAAUCUGACUCUACUUUUUUAGUUUUAUUCAAUUGCGAUUUCUUACUCGUCUGUGAUUUGGUUUGAUCAUCGGCUAUCUUACUUGGUAUGGUAAAAAGGGUUAAGACUACCAAUAGGUAUGGUAAAAAGGGUACCCCAUUUUACCCUACCUAUUGGUACCCCGUUUUGCCCAAAGAGCAGAUUUUGGGAUUAUGACCUGUUUAAAUUAUUACAAGUUUUUAUUUUUUAACAUAAUGACAAACAAAUACUCUAGAACACAUUCACUGUUAGUUGGAAGUAAUAAUAUUAAAUAAUAAAUUGUUUUAGUUAUAAUAACGAUGGAUUAUUUUUCGGCCGAUAUUAUAACUUGGUUAACUAAAAACGCACAUGUAUUGUUUACAACAAUCGACUAACAGUUAAUUAUAUCUGCUUUAUGACAGAAGGCGUAAACAGGCGUCUAUAAUAUAAUUUCAUUAACAUCGUAUAGAUCGAGCGAGUGAUAUUUAAAAAAAAAGGGGGUACCCCGUUUUAGGCAGCUACCCCGUUUUGCCCGCCUUUCCCCUACAAAAUCGAAAACCCCUUUGUUUUUGAAUUGCUAAUCAAGCGGGCGUGACACUGUAGUAUAAGUGAGGACGUUUGAGUUUGCAUAAAUUCAUUAUCUCGAGAAUGGGCAAAUUUGAAGAGGAAUGGUCAGACAGGUCGAUUUUAUUUUUAAAUUAGGACUUUUUGGCAUAAAUAUAAUACUAGUGACGUCAUCCAUCUGGGCGUGAUGACGUAAUCGAUGAUUUUUUUUAAAUCAGAGUAGGGGUUGUGUGAUAGCUCAGUUGAAACGUUAUUUAUUUCUCUAUUCACUAAUACAAAAAUUAACCUAAUUAUUUAUACAGGGUGUACACAAAAAAUUUUUUCUUCUUUUUGUGUAUAUUAAUUUAGUAAAAAAAAAUUUGUAUACCCUAUAUAAAUAAUUAUGUUAAUGUUUAUAUUACUGAAUAGAGAAUUAAAUAAACUUUUAAAUGAGCUAUUACACAACUUCUACUCUCAUUUAAAAAAAUCAUUGAUUACGUCAUCACGCCCAGAUGGAUGACUUCACUACUAUUUUGUAUAUGCCAAAAAGUCCUAAUUUAAAAAUAAAAAUCGACCUGUCUGAGGAUUUCUCUUCAAAUUUGCCUAUUCUCGAGAGACUGAAUUUAUGCAGACUCAAACGUCCUCACUUAUAUUACAGUCUCGCGCCCGCUUGAUUAGCAAUUAAAGAACAAACGGGUUUUCGAUAUUGUAUUGCAAAAAACUCUUCUGGAUUUCAUCAAUCAAUGUUGAAUAUCUACCUACCUUGGCAACAUUGAAAUUUUUAGUUAAAUGUCCGAUUUAGGGUUAAAAAUGGCCGAUUUCGCAAUUUUCAAAAUUUUUAAUCGCUUAUAUAACAAAAACUAUUAACCUAAGAGAAAAGCCACUAAAGACCUAAAAAACUUUCGUAAUUUCCAAAAUUUAUGCUUAACCUCUGAGUGGCGCUUUCCUGCUAUGGACGUGGAUAAUAAUUUCAGUGCUUUUUUGGAUAAGCUUGUCCGUAUCUUCAAUAAAGCAUUUCCUUUAAUUGCAAUUAAGCCAAAACAUCGCAAACCCUGGACUACUAAAGGUAUCCGAAUAUCUUCCAAGAAUAUGCGUUCUCUUCUCUAUAUCAGGAAAUUUACUACCAACGUUUCUAUCACUGAAUAUAUCACCAAGUACAGGGCAACCUAUCUUAAACUUAUAAAAUCAGCUAAAAAAGACUACUACCAUAACCGUUUGGGAAGCUCAAAAAGUGUUGCAAAAGAAACUUGGUCCAUAAUAAACGAUCUUCGAAAUAAAACCCACACUGCUAAAACAAUUUCCCUUCCAGACCCUGAAAAUCUAAAUGAAUACUUUGUUAAUGUGAGUAAAAAUAUUACAUCAACUAUUUUGCCACAACAAGAUCCCAUUGCUUAUCUCCCUAAUUCAAGAAAGGUCUCGAAUUCAUUCUUUAUAAAACCAGUCGAUAAAUCUGAACUGAUCCAAACAAUCAAUAGUAUUAAAAGCAAAUCCUCCUGUAGUACUGAUGGUCUAUCGAUAAAAAUUUUUUCUAAUCGCCCAGAAAAUGUGUUAGAAGUCCUCAUCUCACUAAUUAAUGAUUCCUUUGAGAAAGGUAAAUUUCCAGAGUGCCUGAAGACAGAUAUCAUUAUUCCUCUUCAUAAGGGUGGUGAAAUAUCUAAUACCUGCAAUUAUAGACCUAUUGCACUACUACCGGUACUCCAGUGGUGUCAUGGCAAAAUUAGCAGUGCCGGAACGCACUGCUAAUUUUUGUUUACAAAACCCAAAUUCUCUAUUAUUUUUUUUUUCUUUUCUUAACCAGUGCGGGAACUGCGUUCCCACGCGUUCCCACACCAUGACACCACUGCGGUACUCUCCAAAAUUAUUGAGAGACUCAUAAAAGCCCGACUUAUGUCCUUUCUAGUUGAAAACAACAUUUUAUCACAAAAUCAGUUCGGCUUUUUAAAUAAUAAAUGCACCACUGAUGCCAUCUUUUCUGUACUACAUGAGGUUUAUCAAGCACUGAACAAUAAUCUUCACACUGCCACCGUUUUUUGUGACUACGCCAAAGCUUUUGAUUGUGUAAAUCAUAACAUUUUGAUAAGAAAACUAAAUUUCUACGGAAUUCGAGGUAUUUCUUUAGAUUGGUUCCAAUCUUACUUGGAUGAUAGGAAACAACUGGUUAGAGCAAAUGAUACAGACUCUAGUCUCAAAAACAUUGUAUGUGGGGUACCUCAAGGUUCAGUAUUGGGUCCUCUACUUUUCCUUAUCUUUAUUAAUGACAUCACUAGUUUAAAAAUCGAUGGAAAAAUCUUUCUUUUUGCUGAUGAUACCAGUAUCACUUGGAGCAACUCAAAUAUUGCAACUCUUCAUGCUACUAUAACUUCUGAUCUACUUACAAUAAAAACCUGGUCUGACUCUAAUUUACUCUCGUUUAACGUAGAUAAAACAGUAGCAUUGUCUUAUAAAGGAGUCCUUCAACCCUUACCUCUUAAUAACAGCCAGAUCAGUACCGUUGAUUCUGUGAAAUUUCUUGGUAUUUUUUUAGACAGCAACCUUAAAUGGUCCCACCAUAUCGAUUUGUUAAGGAAGAAACUAUCCUCAGCUUGCUAUGCUAUAAGAUCUGUUUCGAAUGAACUCAAUUUAGCAUCUUCCAAAAUAACAUAUUUUUCUUUGUUCGAGUCACAUCUUCGUUAUGGUCUUCCUUUUUGGGGUUCUGGUACAGCUGCCCAAUUCGAUGUUAUUUUCAAAUUACAAAAAAGAGCAAUUAGACAUCUGUUUGGCCUCAGAAGAACAACACAUUGCAGAAGUUACUUCAAAGAUCACAGAAUUUUAACCCUUCCAUCUUUGUAUAUUUUAGAAACUGUUUGCUUAAUUCGUAAACAUCUACAUGUCUUUCCACCAAGACCUAAUCAUGACUACUUCACGAGAAAUUCUACGUUUGACGUCUAUAUGCCGACCCCGUCCUCUGAGUUAGUAAAGAAAUCUAUAUUAUAUUCCGCAAAAAAACUUUACAACCAUCUCCCUCUACAACUUAAAUCUGCAGCAUCUUUCCCCAAAUUCCGUAAACUGACAAAAGCCUACCUAUCUGAAAGACCAUAUUAUUCAGUAGAAGAUUUUCUUAAUCAAUAACUAAGAAAUUACAGUACCCUUUGCACAAGUAGUAUUUUUAUUAUCAUUUUUUUUGUCUAUAUUUGGGUGUCAUAUGCAGCAGCUUAACUUUUAAACUUAUUAAUUACUAGGUAGACUAUGCAUUUGCAAUUUACUUAACUUUUGCAAUUGACUACUUCUGUUUAACUUCAUUAUUAUUGUUAUUAUUGUAAAUAUAUUGACGAUUUAUGUAAUUUUAGUAAAUUGGAUUGUUAUUGUUUUGUUGUCUUGACUUUUUAUAAGCUUUGUCGAUAAAAUUGUACAAUUUUUCAUGACAAUAAAGCAUAUUUCUAUUCUAUUCUAUUCUACCUUUUCUGUUUGGAAUGAUUCAAAAAACCUAAAAAAACUUUGUUCGAUGCAAAACAAAUCAUUUUUGUAAAAACCCCUAAUCUUUCCCCUCUCUUGGCAAGGUCUUAUGCUAUUCAGAAUCGCCUGUCCUUGUACACAUAUCUUCUAAAUGACUUACUCAAAUACAUACUUAAAUUUAAACUUUAAAGGAGAAAGUUUAUUUUUCCCCUAAACUAUGCACUUUUCGAUUCACCUGGUAAAUACACGUGCAGGGCUGAUGCCUGCCAGGUCAUGGUUUUUAGCCUUGAUGUGCUAUGAAUUAUCCCUAUACAAAUUUCUAGCCUUACAGGAAGACCGUUACUCGGAGGGUUCACUAGCUCUUAGACUAUAAUAUGAUCAACUGCAUCGCUAGGUAGGUUAACAUUAAUUUGUAUAAUAUUUAUUGAGUAUUCUAAGUUUAUUUAUUAUUAUAGUGUUGUUAGCAAUCUCUGUGAGAUGAUGAUGUAUUAGAGCUCGGAGGUAAACUACGCUAUGUCAUUUCAAGCAACUGUGUUUAGCGUGUGUUUGCAACAAAAUUUAGAGCAGUUAGGAUGUUAAUAAAAAUCUGAUAUAUCACGUAAUUGGUUGAAAGACAAUAUGACCAUAUUUUAAUGAUAAUAUUUAACCAAUUUGUAGAGUCCAACUAAUAAAAUAAGUAGAUUAAAGGAACUUGUUCAAAAUAACACCAUGUCGACAUGGUGUAGUUAAUCUCCGAGGUCCAGUAUUACAGACAUACUUUAGUCUUAAUUAAAUAUAAAUUUUUUUAUAUUAGCA